UUGCCUACCCGUCCUGUCCUGUCACAGUCAGGACUUAAAGCCGUGGCCAAGAGAGCUGCUUACCUCUGCCUCUAUAUCCCAUCACGGUGCACACUUGUUUUGAAACUGCAACAGCCAUGAGCUAUUCUAUCGAGCAGAGGGGCAGGCCAAAUACCCCGGACUACAGGGUGUACUUCAAAAACUCUGAGGGAAAGUAUAUUUCUCCAUUCCACGACAUACCGAUCUACGCCGAUGAAGCACAGAAUAUUUUCCAUGCUGUGGUGGAGAUUCCAAGGUGGACAAAUGCAAAAAUGGAGAUUGCCACCAAAGACGCCCUCAACCCACUGAUACAGGACACCAAGAAGGGCAAUCUACGUUAUGUAGCCAACGUGUUUCCUCACAAGGGGUACAUCUGGAACUACGGAGCCAUCCCACAGACAUGGGAGGACCCUGGACACAAGGACGGUGACACGGGAUGCUGUGGCGAUAACGACCCCAUUGAUAUUUGUGACAUAGGCAAUAAGGUUUGCACACGAGGCGAGGUCAUCAAAAUCAAGGUGCUAGGCACCCUGGCUCUGAUCGACGAAGGGGAGACUGACUGGAAGGUCAUCGUGAUCAAUACAGAGGACCCAGAAGCGGCAGAAUUUAACAAUAUUGAUGACGUCAGAAGACUGAAGCCGGGCUACCUUGAGGCCACUUUCGAUUGGUUCAAGAGAUACAAAGUCCCGGAUGGAAAACCUGAAAACCACUUUGCAUUCAAUGGAGAAUUUAAAGACAGGGACUUUGCCAUUGAGACCGUGAAAAGUACUCAUGAGUUCUGGAAGGCGCUCGUUGGCAAGAAAACUGAUGCUGGUGGAUUAAAUUGCAUGAACACCUGUGUCUUGGACAGUCCCUUCCAGUGCUCCAGCGGCGAUGCCAAGGCCACAGUGGACGCAGCUGCUGCUUUUGGAGCAGAGGAAUGCAUUCCAAAUGCAGUUGACAAGAGCUUUUUCUAUGAGAAGUAAGAAGGUCUGGGAUGAAGACCUGAAGAAUUUGAUUGAAUCCAAUGAUACUUGAAGAUAACAGUGUGACAUUUGAUGUAUCUCACCAUAAAGCUAUUAAACAUCUUAUAUCACCA